GUGUGUGUGUUUUGGGGGGGGCGUGUUGCGUCGCGGUUGUCCUGGAACUGGGAACGCCCUCAACCCCACUUCUCUUUACUGCUCACGGUUCCUCAACAUUCCUCCCCCAAAUCUCCAUCUCUCUCCCUUUUCAUCUGUUGAUUUCUUCAUCUCGGAAGAGAAGAGAAGAGGAGUUUUCGUAGCUACCCGCUCCUCCUCUGUGCAUCUCAUCUUAUCACCCCCUCUUCCUUCUAUUUCUAGGCAUCUCUCUGCUUGGUUAUCCUUUGAACCAGUCCAACAACUGCGAGCAGCGCGCGCGCACACGUUUUGUUGUUGUUGUUGUGUGACAUGGCCAAAGAGUUUGAUGAUGGAGGGCUUUGGCUGCCUUCUGAUUUCCUCUGCGACGAGUUCGUUCUCAGUGGAGGAGGAGGCAAGGACGGUGGGGGCGACUUUGCCGCGGCUUGCUUUACGGGCGAGUUCUCUUUUGGGUUUGGCUCAAAUCUGGACUCUCCUGUGGAGUCGGUGACGGAGACGGAAGAGAGCGACGAGGAAGAGGACCACAUCGCCGGGCUCACGCAGCAGAUGGCUCGUUACUUCCUCCAAGACGAGGACAAGGAUGCCUCCGGUGGUGCAGCGGACGACGCAAAGGCCAUGGCACGCUCGCCCCAGUCAACGCUGUGCGCGUGGUCCGCCGCCUCCAACAAGGGGAGCCCGAACGGCCCGUCGCUCGUCUCUUCGCCGCCAUCCACGUCUCCGAUGAAGAAGCAAAACAAGGAUCCCGCCGACCUGCUCUACGAAGCCGCGGGGCAGGUGAUUCGGAUGCGGAGCAACGAUCUUGGCCGUCGCAAGAGUCUCUACGACCGCGGGAUUCUUGGCGCGCCGAAGAAACCCACCCUGGCGGCGUCGGUGGCUUCAGAGAACGCGAGCUUUGGCUACCAUGCGACCGGUGCCGUCACUCCCGUUCUCACGCAUCAGCAACUGCAGGCAGCACAAUUUCACCAUCUGAGGCAGCAGCAAACGAUGAAGCAGCCGCUGUCGGUGGCCUGGGGAACGCAGAGCAAAGCCAGAGGCGGUGGCCGGCCCUUGGAUCUAUCGCCCUCCGCGUGGCCACCGCUCCGAAAACCGCCACCGCAGCAGCAGCAACCACCGCUUCCAGGGGCCGGGAUGCGGGCCGUGUUCCUCCACAACGCCGGCUCGCGGAAGGAGUCCGCCGGGACCGGCGUCUUCCUGCCGCGGACGGUUGGCAAGAAGAUCGAGCCAAGGAAAAAGACCGGCUGUUCAACCGUGCUGGUUCCCGAUAGGGUGGUUCAAGCUCUGAACCUGAACCUGAAGGAGUUCGCAGCACAGCCACGCUUCCCCGGUGGCUUUGUUCUGACUCAUGAUGCACUUGUUGGGCGAAGCAGUGCGGGGCUAUCACAUCAGAGAAGGAAACACAACCUAACUGCCUCGCCGACGCCCGAUGCAGCAGUGGCGACGGCAGCAACCCAUGACAUCGGCCUCCCUCAGGAAUGGACCUACUGACCCAUCUCACUUACACCAACUUACUGCAGUCUUAGUGCUUGCAAUAGUUUUUAGGAUAGGGAGUAGGAGAAGAAAUUAUGAAGAAAAAUUAUAUAUAUAUAUAUAUAUGGCAUAAGCAGCAGCAGUAGGGAAUUUAUAAUGGAUUUAGGAAGGUGGCAGCGCAGCAGAUUUAUGCAGGGAUGGAUCGCAGGGUGUGAAGAAACAAUAAGCGGUGGCUGUCUUAUAUUUGGCCGAGAAUUAUGGUGGGGGGAAUCCUUUAGUUUCGCAAUAAGGAAUUCCAAGCUCUCUUUCACCGACGUCCAGCUUGGUAGUCGUCAUCAAUCACCCCCCUAAUUCUCUCUCUCUCUUUCUCUAGCAGCCUAUGUGUGUGUGACGGAGCGCAAGAAAUGUGCCGGUCGCUAAGAAAUAAGCAGGGCUCCCAAGUUCGUUAGUUCUUUGCCGAGUCUCGAGUCUACUCUCUGGAUGUGAAGAAAGCUAUAUAAGAUCAUGGUUUGCGGUUUGCAUGUUUGGAAAUAAAAAUGUAUCGAUUGUAAUCAAGUGUUAAUGAAAUAUUUUAUCUGCGCUCGAA